AUGUCCGAAUCGAAUAUUUGUAACCGAGAAAAUUUUAUGGUCAGCUUCGAAGGUUUCAGCAGCCAGUUGGUCAACAUUCUAGAAGCCUACCAAGUGGACCAGGAUGACGCCUUACUAACCGGCUUUUUGUCGUUUGUACACUCAAAGCUGGAAAAAUGUAUCCAGGAAUCGAUAAAUGAAAGGCUUUAUCCUCAUGAAGCACCUACAAUGGGAAUUAACAAGGCCAGGGACAAUUUUACCAGGGACGAUAAAAAUGGCGAAGAAGAUGCAGAUCUUAGUAUCUUGCUUGAUUAUCUAUGGAGAAAUGUUCACUAUCCAAUUUUUAAGUUUUUCCAAUCUUGGAGAGGCAUUCUGGUACCGGUCAAUGCAAAGACAAAUCCACGUUUUGUUGAAUUUCGAAAAAUGAAUGCGAAACUCACCAAAGUAUUCAAAUGUAUUCACAAAUUUUACUACUUGCUGCUUGAAAGUAUGUUUAAAAAUUAUGAUACUUCGGAAGUAGUACCAAGUGAGGUUGCAAAGUUGUUGAAUAUUAAAUUAGAGCAUCAAAGUAACGUGCCUGUACUAAAUGCAGAGAACCCACUAACCAUUACAGUGGUUGUAUUAAUUCACCGAUCUUUGGUUUACCUCGGGACUUGUCACCGUUAUAAGCAAAUUUGUGAGAAUUCCUCUAAUAAUUUUGAAAUUCAGGUUUUCAAAAAGUCUCAGAGAUAUUAUCGUUUCGCUUCGUUAGUUUUACCCUCUGUUGGGGAAAGCAGCUUACAAGAGGGGUUGAUAUAUAUCCAAACAAAGAACUUUGGGUAUUCCACAUACAAAUUCAUGAGAAGUAUUUUAUCGAGAUUACCCAGUCGUGCCGGAAUGCCAAAUUUCAUUAGUACUGUUUGUGAAAAAAGAAGUACAACUUUUCAACAAAUAGCUAAACUUUUACAAGAUUUGAAGAGGUUUGAAACGGAUAAAAAAAGAAUUAUUAACAGCGAAAUAAUCGAAAUGUAUUUUCUGGUUUUAUUUGGUGCACAUGUUGCCCCUAAGGUUUGGAAAUCUGAGGAUGAAACAUUGGCUUUUAACGGAGUGAGUUUAUUGCACUAUAAAAAUGUUCUCUAUGAUCGGAUAUCCACGAGAUAUGUUAAAAAUAUAUCGCUGAUAAUGCAAAAUUUGAUCUUAUUGAUAGGUGGAUUUGAUGUUUUAUUAAUGUUGGAUUCAAAUGAAAACAAGAAACGUACGCUUCAAGAUUUGAAUCCGGCAGACGUCCAAUAUUUGACUUUUGCUUGUGAGUACAUGAGUCUUUUGAUAAACAAUGUCAUAAUGACUGAGUGGGAUAAAUGCGAUUCUAGUGAAUAUCUAGCAAUGGUACGAAUUAUUGUAUGUUGGCUGAAGUCAAAUAGAAUUGCUCUACAUUUUGCGCAUCGUGCCCACAACUUAUGCUCAGCAAUUUCGCGAUUAAUCAAUGCCAUUCUCAAGAGUGAUAUUAUCCAAAACGGUGGGUGGUCUGAUCACAGACCCAAGAGAAAUUAUUUUUUUGAUGAGGAUGUUCUCUUGAAGGAGUUCAAGUCUGUCAAAUUUGUGUUGACGGAUUUUAGAGAUGACGAAAUCUACAAAAUGGAGGAUUCUUCGGAAAGAUUAGCCGGAAUGCUGAAGACAAGACUGUCUUUGAAAGAAGAAAAUCUUUUGAGAAUACAAGCAAUAGUAGUUUCCGGAAAGAAAUUCCUGAUGAAGAAUGCAUGUGAUAUAAAAUGGGCCAAUGAUCAGUUUAUUAAAGUGCCCAAGAAGACUGAUGAGAGGUUUAAAAAAAUGGACAAUCACUCCGAUGGAGGUAAGACAAGUUACUCGGCUGUGGCUAAGAAAUCGAUUUCUGUUCGUGACUUGGAAGCAAAAUUGCAAGAACAGAACAAGUCGGAUGGCCGCGGAUAUAGCGGAUCCUCUGUGCCCGUGGCUCCUGCGAGCUUCAAUGUAAAGCCCAGUUCGUCAUUUACAGAUUCACGUAGUGACGUAUCAGGCACAUCAGCUGGGACUACCUACGCUCCAUCGCCCUAUAUGCAGGCUUCGCCUGCUGCUUUGCCACAUACGAGGAUCGAACACGCCAACUAUAUGCAAUACUGGGCUCAAGGUUAUCAACCAGGGAUGGUCUAUAAUGGCAUGAUGGUACCUUUCUCUCAAGUACCUACAAUACAGCAACCACCACCAGGAUUGGGUGCACCACAGUAUUCAUAUCCUAAUCAAAAUGGUGUGGCACAGAUACCUUUAGGAGGGUAUGUGUAUCCGCCAAAGAUGAACUGA